AUGGACCGAAGCUUGGAUGAGAUCAUAGGAGAGCGUACCAAAUUGUCAAACCGUGGACGACAGCGCUACCGGCUUCGACGGGAAAAUGCGCCACGAGAAGGUGUCAAGAAGUUUAGGUCCUCCUCCUCUUCCUCCUCUCGCAUCCAUAGCCGUACCGUAAUGGCAAACCAGGGCCAGUGGCCCUUAGACGGGCUCGCGGCUUGCUCGCCCUCUUCCCAAAGCCAUCGGCCUUUUCGGACAGAACGCGCAAAUCUGGAUCUCGAUUGGGUCCACGAUAAAUUUGAAGAUGAUAGAGACACUCGUCCUUCCAUCCGGGGCAGCAGAGCCCCUCGCCUCGAUCGGUAUUCUCCCGAGCGCGAACAAUUCCAGACCGGCGCCAAAAUCCGAGUCACUAAUCUCCACUACGAUUUAACAGAGGAUGAUCUCGAGGAUCUUUUUACCCGAAUCGGACCUAUCAGUGCACUUUCACUCCUAUACGAUCGCGCUGGUCGUUCAGAGGGUGUUGCAUUCGUCACGUAUAAGCGAUUAGUUGAUGCUCAAACCGCCAUCCGUGAAUUCGACGGCGCGAACGCUAAAGGGCAACCGAUCACCCUCACAUUGAUGUCCUCCGGCUCCUCAGAGAGACCAACUGGACGUAAUCCGUUUGAUUUCGCUGAAAAGCCAAAGGGUAGCCUAUUUGACCGGACUGAGAAGCCACGCGCCAGAGAUAUCCGUAGUGUCAGUCCCGAAGAGAGCGACGAACUUGAUGGUACCACAGGCCGUGGUGGACGAACCCGCAGAAGCGACGUGUCGAAGCCCCCACCAGAACACAUUGAUCGCUAUAUUCCGGGCCAGCGAUCGCCAAGGCGGAGGGGUGAUAGUGGACGGAGUAGGGGUUCUCGUCGACCUGGAGAGUUCAGGGAUAGUCAGGAGCGAAGCGGUAGUCCGGCGGGGGGCUUAGGGCGACAGGGAGAGAAUAGAAGGCCUAGAAAAACGCAUGAGGAAUUGGAUCAGGAGAUGGAUGAUUACUGGAAGGCCACUAGUGCACAGCCGAAUAAUGCCAAUGGCAACGUAACUGGUGCUGUUGCUGCUGAUCCUGCUCCCCUGGCUAUGGAUAAUGACAUUGACAUGAUUGAGUAG